AAUUGUGGCACAAUGCAGCACUGGAACAAGCUAAACAUAAUCUCAGUGAUAACAUCCUAAAGAUUAUUAAUGCUGCCAAAGAAGUAAAGAGCAGCAUACUACAUUAUGCUGAUCCUCAGGAAAUUUACUUGGCAAUGUUGAGUGUGUUUGGAAAAGAAUGGUCACGCAGAGAUUUAUUUUUUGCAUCUGCUGGAUUAUUAAUCGGUGGCUCGUUAGGACUGAUUAUAGGAUUAAAAUAUAGAAGAAACGAACCAGUUGUUCGAUAUAUGCAAGCUGUUCAAUGUACAAACUAUUUAGGUACCGAGUUGUUGAUGUAACCUCAGAUGUAUAUUCCACAUGUAAUACUCGUAAGCUGAAAUAUCAGACAGGGUAGUCGUUUUCGAAAACCGCCUUGGGGAUGAUCUGACGACAACUCGUCCUGCCCAUUUUACUCUGUCUUGGAUUUGGGCAGACACGGGUAUUACGUAUCUUGAAAAGUGACAUUUCGUCGUUUUUUUGACAUACAUUACUGUCAGCCUAUGCUGAGGUAUCAAAACGUUCAGAGCUCUUGUACCUCAAUAGCUGUUGCUGAAGACGCUAUCGCUCCUAAUGUAUGCGGUGAAGACGAAGUACUUGUAAAUGUAAAAGCGGCAUCUGUUCAAUAUAUUGAUGCACAGAUUUGUUGUGGAUAUGGCAGGACUUUGAGGAGGAUCCUUCAGCAAAUAUAUAAGCAAUCAAAAAGUGAUCUUCCAGUAACGUUAGGUAGAGAUUGCACAGGAAUUAUAACAGAUAUAGGCAACAAAGUACACCGGUUGGAAGUAGGAGAUGAAGUAUGGGUGACGGUACCAUUUUGGUCUCAGGGCACCAUGUGUCAAACUAUAUCAGUACCUGAGAAAUGGGUCGGCAGAAAACCAAAGAUUAUUGGAUUCGAAAGUGCUUGUAGUUUGCCGUACUCUGGGAGCUUAGCUUUGUCCGCUCUGGGAGAGGCAGGGAUAGAGUUUGCAAAUGCUUCAAAUAAAAGAAUCCUCAUCCAGGGUGGUUGUUCUCCAGUUGGUUGUGUUCUCAUUCAAUUGCUAAGGCAUUGGAAAGCAGACAUCACAACAACUUGUUAUAAGAGAGCAAUACCGGUUGUGAAAGCUUUAGGUGCUACGGAUGUAAUUAUUUUAGAAGAACCUGAAUCUAUUAAUGAAACAAGUUUUGCAGAAGGAGAUAGUCCACAAAAGACUAAUCCAUCUCUCAUAAAACAAUUAGAAGUAAAGGACGAAUUAUAUGAUAUAAUAAUAAUGACGAAUCACGAAUGCGACUUCGAAAAUAAACAUUUCUCCAAAUUCCUAAAGACUGAUGGCACAAUAAUAUCUACAUUGCCUCCACCUUUAUUAUCUGACAGCUGUGGAGGUAGUAGCCGAUUUUUGCUUUCCCUGUACAUCAAAUUGAGACACAAAUUUCUGUCCAUGCUAGGAUCAUCAUUCAACUUUUUUGAUGAAACUCAUCUGUGUUAUGUCACCUUGGAUAAGUUAGCAGAAUUUGUAGAAGAUGGUUACCUCCAAACUGUAGUUGAUAAGGUGUACCAACCACAUGAUAUCGAAAUAGCAGUAGGACAUAUACAAAGUUCCAGGUCCAUUGGUAGUACUAUUAUUACAUUUAGAUAACAAGUAAAAACUUAUGAUGGUGCUAACUUGUUUUAAAAUUACAAAGCUAUCAUUUAUAUUCAAUGAUACUGUUAAAAUAUCAAGAGACUAUAUAAUUUUGUGAACUUUUUUAUAAAAUCAUUACUCUAUGUUUAUAUUGAUGUUUUAUGUAUUUUAAAUAAAAAAUAAACCCAA